GUUCCUACAAGCUCAGCUGGAUGGAUCAGAACCACCCCCUCUACCACCUCCCCGUCGUCUUCUUCUACUCCGCCACCCCCUCCGCCGCCGACGACAUCGGAACUUUGAAAUCUUCGUUGUCGACGGUGCUCGCCAGUUUCUAUCCCCUCGCCGGCAGGCUGAGCGGCAACUCCCUCGUGGACUGCGGGGAUCAGGGGGCCGAGUUCUUCGAAGCCCGCGCGCCCAACGCCGACCUCUCGGAGAUUCUGAGCUCCGACGAACCCGAUCUCGGCGAGGUGAAGAAGUUCCUCCCUUGUAGCAAAGGCGAGGCCUCUUGCUGUGACUCUGAGCCGACAGUCAUUCUCUCAGUGCAAGCCACCGUAUUCCGAUGCGGCGGCAUUGCUGUCGGCGUCUGCAUCUCGCACAAGAUCGCAGACGGCCGAUCGUUCUUUUCGUUUCUGCAAGGGUGGGCUGCGGCGGCGAGAGGUUCUUUCUCAUCUGAGUAUUCCCCGUCGUUCGACGGCGCCGCUGUUUUUCCGCCGAAGGAGAAUGCAGUUCCUAAUGCGGCCGAACAACCGCCGGAGAAGCCGCCGCAGGUCCAUAAGCGAUUCGUGCUCGGCGGGCCGAAAAUUGCGGCGCUGAGGGAGAAGACGGCAUCUUCGGCGGCAACGCGAUUCCAGGCGGUGGCGGCGCUGGUCUGGCGGUGCGCCGUGCGGGCGCGACCCGUCGCCCGCGUAGCGGUGGCGGUGGUGGUGGCGAACACACGGUCGCGGAUGGAGCUGCGGUCUCCGAACGGCUCCUUCGGCAACUGCUGUACGGGAACUCUCGCCGGCAUUCCGAUGGACGAGGUAGAGAAUAUUGCUAAAUCCGACGUGACUGAGAACACAAAAUGUGUGCUCGAGGAGGAGAUGGGAGCGGCGGUGAAGCGAGUCGACGCGGAGUAUGUGAGGCGGCUGCAGGGCGAGGACGGGUGGCAGAGGCAGUUGGAGCUGGGCUGGGAGGCGGUGCGGAAGUGCGGCGGCGCGACGGAGGCAGGGUUCGAUAUGAACGUCUUCAGCAGCUGGCUGCGGCUGCCGGUGUACGAGGUGAACUUCGGGUGGGGGCCGGCAGCGUGGGCCUGCAUGACGCAGUUGCGGCCCAGCUCCAUCGUGGUGCUGCCGCGGCCGCCCGCCGCGCGGGACCCGCAGGGGAUGGAGGUCUGGGCGUCGCUGGAGCAGGUCGAGAUGGCGGAACUCCAGCGAGAGCUGGAAAAGUUGGUCCCCCUGAACCCGGUCCACCACGUCACCCAGCGGUGAACCCGGAUCUAUGUCAGCGCAGUUGUCUUUUUUUUCUCAAAUAUCUAUUAGCAAUGCCGCGUUCGUGAGCUAUUAAAUAAUGAUCUUAAUUAGUGUUAUUUAAAUGAUGUUGAUUUAAGAUAGAUGGGCAUGAAUCGCAUGAUUCAAAAUAAAAAUUAUCUUUCUGGAAAUAAAAUAUUAAAUCCAUCGAGCAGGAGAUUAUGGUUUUAAA